GCAGCCCCGCCCGUCGCCUGGACUCAGGCCGCGAGUGUCCGCCGGCCGCUUACGUUCUGGGCGCAGGCGCAGCGGCGGGGCCGGAGCGCGGAGGGGAUUCGGGCGAGGAGCGGAGCGGGUGCCGCGGCCAGGAUGGUGCUGGAGAGCGUGGCCCGCAUCGUGAAGGUCCAGCUCCCCGCCUAUCUCAAGCGGUUGCCAGUCCCCGAGAGCAUUACCGGGUUCGCCAGGCUCACAGUUGCAGAAUGGCUUCGGUUAUUACCUUUCCUUGGGGUACUUGCACUACUUGGCUACCUUACAGUUCGUCCAUUCCUCCCGAAGAAAAAACAACAGAAGGAUAGCUUGAUUAAUCUUAAAAUACAAAAGGAAAAUCCAAAAGUGGUGAAUGAAAUAAACAUUGAAGAUUUGUGUCUUACUAAAGCAGCUUAUUGUAGGUGUUGGCGUUCUAAGACGUUUCCUGCCUGUGAUGGUUCACAUAAUAAACACAAUGAAUUGACAGGAGAUAACGUGGGUCCACUAAUACUGAAGAAGAAAGAAGUAUAAUAGUAAUGAAUUAGAGUUGAAUUCAAUUGUGUAAAAUCUUAUGACAAUAUUUUCUCAUUCUCUGUGUAUAGAAAAUUUUGAAAUGGUGACCUUAACUACUACUGGCUGAAUAAUUAUUUCUGCCAAUUUAUGUUCUUGCCAGAUUACUGCUUGUAGUUGUUAUUUUGUAUAUUCAAACAGUCACUUCUAUAGAAAUUAAAAUGUCAUGCCUCUUAUUCUGACUUAAAAGAAUUAAUGUAUCUUCCAGCAAUAAAACAACACUUCUGAUUUUAAUUGAGAAAAACCUAAAUUGUGGCAAUGGAUCCAAAGCUGCUUCUUGGAAUAUAAUAUUUUCAACAGAAUCUGUAUUUUAAGCUUUCCCCUGUACUGUUAAGUAUAUUAUUUUUCAUAUCUCUUUUGUCUUAAUAAUUUGAAGUGUUUUUUUUUUCUCCUUUUGGCCUUCCACUUCAUUGUGUUUAGAUUAAGAAAAAUAUUAUCAUCAAGAAUUACUUGUGUUUUCAUGAGUUUUCACAGAGAUAAACUUUUUGCUUUAUAGAGAUUGCUGUCUAAUUAAUAUGACUAUCCCAACUUCAGAAAAGAAGUAAACUGGAUAUAAAGUUUUCCACUGAGGAACAGUUAUUUACAUUAUAAAGGAUUUGUUUACCUUACAAAAGACUUGUGUCUGUUUAUUCUGUGCAUAUCUUGAGCUAUUUGACUCAGAGACAGCUGGAGUGGAGUGGCAGGAACUCAUGGGCUAAACUUGUGCUCCUGCAAUUUGAAAGUCAAUUAGAAAUAAACAUAAAGUAUACCUGAAUUCAUAUUAAGAUGUUAGUUCAGUGUUCACAAUUGUGUGUAUAUGAAUAUUUUUCUCUUUUUAACAGUAGAAACCAUUAAUAUGCAGUCAUCCCUCAUUAUAUGCUGGGAAUUGGUUCCAGGGCUGCCCAUGGAUACCAAAAUCUGCCCAUACUCAGGUCCCGCAGUAGAUCCUGCAGAGGCCAUCUAUAGAAGAGUCGGCCCUCCAGGCAGGUACGCAGGUAUCAAAUCCCACGAACACUGAUCUACAUGCUUCAGCAUACUUGCCCAAUUCAAAUCUGUGUUAUUCAGUGGUCAACUGUACAAAAAUGUUUGCAAAAUAAACUUACUGGAGAACCUUUAAAA